CCAACAUCGCAAUCAACGACCAUCAUCUACAGUGGAAAUAAAAGAACCGGAUGGAGUAUCAUUUAGAUGCAGAGUUGAGACGGAUGUCGGGGAAAGUUACUUGGAACAGUAGCUUUGAGAGUUUUACUGCUGUAUUGGAGCUGCUGGAUGAUCAGCACGGAGAUAUUCUACGACAGUCCUUCUUGUGGCCACUGUACCAGUUGCGAGAGGUGCAGUACUUAGGACAGAUCAUUGAUGCACUUCUAUGUCGGCUUCUGAGGCCAGUCGACGGCGAUUCCCUCUAGUUCGACCUCGGGGGCAAGGUCGUCAGUUUCUCGAUGUUUGAGUUUACAUUGAUCACUGGACUGAAGAUUACGGACGACGAUGCAGCCAUGGAGAGAAGCAGUAGGCUGUACGAGACGUACUUCCAGGGACAUGGGUCGGUGCUUCUACCUGACUUGAUGGUCGCGAUCAGGGGGUGCAACCAUAUGCUAGAUAGAUUGAAACUUGGGCUGGUCUACAUCUUCGAGAGUGCGAUGAGGUGUCAUCACAAGAAGACUGCCAUCGACAUUUUUCAUUUGCAAGUUGUUGACGACAUCGAUGCGUUCAACAACUAUCCGUGGGGCCGAAGAUGCUACGAAGACACUGUACAUGUGUUCACCAGAUCGCACUCGAGGCCCAGGGGGUCAAUGCGUAAAUACGAUACAUAUGGAUUGCCGUUAGCAGUGCAGAUUUGGGUGUAUGAGACAGUUCCUGUACUGGGGGCUCGCUUUGCGUAGCGAGGGGAGACACGCUGCCCUUGGAUGCAUCAUUGGAGAUCAUCGCGAGCGGAGGGAUGUCCCACUGGGAAGUAGUUAUCGACCCUCCUCGACGAU